AUGAGCGCAUCCUCCAGAGCUGCCCGACGGGCAGUCAUAGUGAACCCCUUCGCCGCUAGAACCGCCACUCGCCCUGGACUCGGUCUUGUCUCAGCAUACCUCGGCCGCCAGACGCGGACGCUGCCCGCAGAACUCACCGCGCGCGCCCUCCUGAUCCCACUUCGAAGCAUAUCAACCGAGCGGCAUACAGCUGGGCCCAAUGAUGGUCCACCCCCGGGUUUCAAUGCGGAGCAGGCUAAGAAACCACUCUCAAAGGACGCCUCGGCCGGCGAUCAGAAAGCUUCAGAAUCCAAGUCAAAGAGCUCGGAAGCCACACCGACAGCAGAGCCGACACAACCCACCAUAGGGGAGCCGUCUGCCGAGCCCAAGUCAUUGUCCGAGCUAGCAGCGCGGAAGCAGUCGGACGUCGAGAAGAAGGAAGAGAAGCAAGGGAAGAAGCUGACCCUCGUGCAGAAGAUAAAACAUGAGAUUCAACAUUACUGGGAUGGGACGAAGUUGCUAGGCACCGAGAUCAAGAUCAGUAGCAAGUUGGCUCUGAAAAUGGCCGCUGGCUACGAACUCACCCGACGAGAGAACCGACAGCUCCAAAGAACCGUCCAGGAUCUGGGGCGUCUGGUUCCCUUCUCCGUCUUCAUCAUUGUUCCCUUCGCUGAAGCCCUCCUACCCAUCGCUCUGCGACUGUUCCCGAACCUACUUCCGAGCACAUACGAAGCCCAGCAGUCUAAAGACAAGAAGGCAGCCACCCUCCGAGCGACCCGCAAGGACGUCAGCUCGUUCUUGCGCAAGACGAUGAGGGAGACGGGGCUACCUGUUUCGCCUGCAACGACGCAAAAGGAGGAGUUUAGUAUAUUCUUUCGCAAACUGCGCGCUACAGGCGAGCGACCGAGCACAGAGGACGUCAUCAAAGUCUGCAAGGCGUUUAGGGAUGACCUGACCCUCGACAACCUUUCAAGACCACAGCUGGUUUCCAUGUGCCGUUACUUGAAUCUCAAUACCUUUGGCACGGACACCAUGCUUCGAUACCAAAUUCGUCACAGAAUGCGACAGAUCAAGCGAGACGACAAAUCCAUCAGCUACGAGGGUGUAGAGAGCCUAAACGUUUCCGAGCUUCAGAUGGCAUGUGCCAGUCGAGGUAUCAAGACCCACACAGUGUCUCCGGCCAGACUCAGAGAGGACCUCUCGUCAUGGCUCGAGCUGCGACUAAAGCACGGCGUCCCGUCAACACUCCUGGUGCUCAGCAACGCCUACAUGUACGGUCAAAAGGCCGACGAGGGUGGCUUCAACAGUCAGAUCGAGGCGCUGACGGGUGUGCUUUCGUCGAUUCCUGAGGAGCUGUACCAUGAGAUCGAGCUCGAGGUGCACAAUGCCGAAGGUGCGGCGACUAACAAGCAACGUCUUGACGUUGUCAAGGAACAGCAAGAGCUUAUCGAGGAAGAAAAUGAGCAAAACGAGGAGAAUCAGGAGACUGGUUUGGCUACGCCAAAGGACGUCGACGACAUUGACGAGAAGGACGACCGCCAGAUGGCGGCGUCGGAGCAGGGCCUCGACAAGGAGGUGGUCGGCGAAGCGGUCGACGCCGAAGCUGAACGGACUACAGCACAACAGGCACAGCAAACGCAGCAGUCUCCGGAGAAGAUUGAGGCGAAGAAGACGGAGAAUUAG